UUAAACGCCGGAAGACGAAAGUGUUUAUAACACGAAGCUAAGCUAACAGGCUAGCUUACUUGACAGAGUAGCGUCUGUUUCCUUCGCCACCGUAUUUCUCCGAGUUUGUGGAGUUUCUCAGGAGUCACAAUGAGUCUGCAGUGGACGGCCGUGGCCACCUUCCUCUACGCCGAGGUCUUCUUUGUUCUGCUGCUUUGCAUCCCCUUCAUCUCACCCAAGAGGUGGAACAAGAUCUUCAAGUCUCGCAUCAUCCAAACCAUUGCUCUGUAUGGAAACACUUCAUUCAUGGUGGCCAUCGCCAUCCUCGUCUUCCUGCUCAUCGAUGCGUUUCGUGAGGUGAGGAAGUACAGUGUGACGGAGAAGGUGGACCUGACCAACAACCCGACGGCCAUCGAACACAUUCACAUGAAACUGUUCAGAGCUCAGAGAAACGAGUACAUCGCCGGCUUCGCCCUGCUGCUCUGCCUGUUACUGCGUCGUCUGGCCACUCUACUCUCCCAGCAGGCCUCACUCAUGGCCUCCAACGAAGCCUUCAAGAAGCAGGCGGAGGGUGCCAGCACCGCCGCCAAGAAAUACAUGGAGGACAACGAGGCGCUGCAAGAGAAACUGCGUGACGCUGGUAUCGAGGUGCCAGAGGCCGGGAAGAAGGGAGCAGGACCGCAGGAAGAGAACAAGACUCUGAAAGAGGAGGUGAAGACCCUGAAGGAGGAGCUGGACACCACCAAGAAAGCUCUGCAGAAAUCAGACAGCGACGUUCGAGCCAUGAAGAAACAGGCGGAGAACCUGACGGUGGAGUACGACAGACUGCUGGAUGAGCACAGCAAGCUGCUGGCGAGCAGCGACAAGAAAUCAGACUGAGAAAGAGACGGUUUCAAGCUUCUGUCAUCUUCAUCUUCAUCAUCUUCACCGUCCUCGACAAACGGUCUGCAGCUUCUGUAUCCACCUCAAGGUCCUGUUCAGUGAUGUCACUUCCUUUUAGGUCAACUGACAUUGCUGGGCUGUGAUUGGUUCAUUAGACUGACUGCUUUAUCAGAAAACUAAGAAUGUCAGUUUUUUUUUCUUUUGUACUGAAGUUUUAGUUUCUUUUCACUUAAAGUUUGAGCUUUUUUUUCCACUUUGCUGUUGCAACAGUCAAUGUUCUUUUUGUACAAUGUUUAAACAGCAGAAUUACACAGUUAAACAAUGUUGGCUUCAUAAAAUUUGAUCUGAUCAUUCCUGUUCCCUAAAAAAACCUGAACUUUCCUGAAAUUCCUGAAAACAUGUUUUAUACAGAAACUGGUGAUUUUUCAUUCCAGAAUAAGAUGUCCAGUCUUUAAAAAACACCUGUUCUCCUGAACUGACGGCUGAGAUGAAUGUUCAGACAGAUAAGGCUUCAAACAGAGCUCUCUCUCUCUCUCUCUCUCUCUCUCUCUCUCUCUCUCUCUUGCUCUCUCGCUCUCUUUGAGAAUAAAAUAAUUCCUCAGAAAUCAGUUCGGUGAUUAUCAGGGUGUAAAUUUAUCUGUUCCAGCUUUUUAAUUAAGUGAAAUCCCCUAAAUUGUUGUUUUGUUUUGUUUUGUUUGUUUGUUUGUUUUUUUUGUUUGUUUGUUUUUUUUGUUGUAAAGGUUGAAGAAUCAUGUCUCAUGCUUUAUGAAUGUUUGGACCUGCAGUCGAUCCUGGUUUCAAUCUGUGAGUCACUUUGAACGAGAAAAAGAAAACAUCUGCAUCUUUCUGUCACAUUUUCUGCUCGGAGUAUGAUCAAUAAUUGAUUUGAAACAGUCUGAACAGUGAAAUACCAGAAGAGAUUAGAGUUACAGUCUCUGGUUUAUGUCUCAGCACCAGUUAACUUUAAGAUCCUGAAGUUAUUUUACAGUCAUGUGACAUCUGCAGAUCGUUAUUCACCACAUGACUGGAGCAGAAACGGCAACCAGAAGAAACUCCAGGCUUUGUUGUUCUGUCUUUGUUGCCUGGUGAUAAACAUGGUGGAUUUAAUUAGCUCCACGUCCUCAUUAGGGCGAUCUUUUCUUCUCUUUUCUGUGCUCUCACCUCAGCUGGCGGUUCGGUGGUGAUUUGUUUCUGUUCAUAAGUGAACAGUAGAGUUUUGGGUUUAACGGUUAAUAUGUGGGUUGUUUUGUGGCUUUCAGGCUGAGUUUCGCUCUGUAACUGCAUCUGCAUCUGUUUCUGGGCCUCGUCAAUCUGAAACCAUCCUCGCCGGUUUCCAGCUGCAUAUUUCCCCAGUGUCAGCAACGUUUGGCAGAAGUUUGAGAAUCUGCUGCUACUCAGUUUCUCCAGUUAACUCAUCCUGUAAAAAACAUUUCAGUCUCUGUUGUUUUCCGGAGAGUAAAGUGUUCUUGGUUGAGGAAGAAGCACAUGUGAUAUUUGUAUGUAAACAGGAUGAUUUAAUGUGUUGUAUCAGGAGUUUAAUUCCAUCAGGUGUUGAAAACCCCCCAUUCUCCCUCUGUCUGCAGCUGUAAUUUAAUUCAGCCCAGGGUUAUCUGAGCUGCUGUUUAUGUUCAUCAAAUCUGCUGAAGAGAAAACAAAUGUGUAAAUCUUAAAGUCAAAAUUUGGGGACAAAUUUUGGGACAGAUUUGUUGACAGUGAACAUGAGAGGGUGAAAAAGUGCUGGUCCUCCUGAUAGUUUGUCCUGAAAGAAAAGUAAAACAUCACUCUAUUAUCCACAUGAUGGUUGAAUUAUUUACGCAUCAUGUGUCAUACUGUGAAAUAAAUGAAAAAUGUUACAUUUGAUUACAUGUUCUCCCUGUUGUUCUCACACUUCCAGAGUCACUGAAAGGCCUUGGUGGGUAUUUUGUUUUUCUAAGUUAUGUCUGCAUUAAAAGCUGGGGCAAAGAGCACAGCUGCGUCAAAGCCCCAGGUUCACUCUGUUUGUGAAUAUACAGCAUGGAAACACAUUAGAAUUGUAAGGGCCUUACAUAGUCCAUAUUCCCUUGUAUGUUAAUAGGGGCCCUUGGCACAAGAAACACUGAUUCAUGAAAGACGAGCUGACAGAAGCUCAAACCUAGAGCUUCCUCACAGGAAACGCACAAAUGGGUCAGAAACAAAAAUUCCCACCGAGGUCUUUCUGAGGUUUCAUUCACACCAACUUCCUUAUUUUGAAACUAUUCUGGGUUGAAGACGCUUGUGUUACCUGAUGAGUUUUCUGGUUGUAAUUGGUUGAUUAACUUUCAACAGGGAAUCUGCAGGUGUUGAUAAUUAUUUAAAAAGUAAUGCAUUUAUUUUACUAAAAAAGUUUUUAAAAAGUUUUAAAUUUCACGGGAGGAUUGUUGGUGAUUCGGGUCUAGAUUUCAGCAAAAACCUUAAUUAAAUGAAUUCAUUUUUAAUUGAUUAAUCUUUCUAUUUUCUGCUACUUGUCAUAGUCCAAGUCACAUUAAUAAAAUGGUUACAUUAGAAAUUAUUGUUGUAAACAGCUGGCAGGUGCUGAAAAAUGUGAUAUGAUAAGUAAUUCUUGGUCAUAUCAUCCCUGCUGUUUUAAAAUCCAACUGGUCAGAAUCUUCUACGUAUCUGAACCUGCAGAAACCCUGUUUAGAUCCUGACGUAAUUCAAAUUUGCAGUCUGUUCAGUGGGAACAGACUGCCCCCCCCCCCCACUACGCUGCGACCAGUUUAAAGCAGCGUAGCAACAUUAAGAUAUAAAUUCUUAAACUUUAGUCAACAUGGUACACAUCAUUAGCUCAGAUAGAUUCUCCACAAUACGACUCUGAGAAACCACGAGUACAACAGUUUGAUUAAUUCAGAUUUACUGACAUUGUAAACCAGCAAGAGAAACAGUGGUGACUCCCUACCUUUUGAAGAGAUGUGCUUGUUUUCACUCCCAGCAAUGUGUUGAGUUUUCACCCCGGCAGGGUCGAGUGAAGACAUCGAGCGCACCUGUUUUACAUGACGACACUUUUUUUUUUUUUGUCACAUUUGGGUGAUUUUGUUUGUUUCAAGAAAUCUUCUUGUGACUCAGAAAUGAACAUCACUGGGACUUUAAACUCACUGAGAGCAUUCCUCUUACUCUUAUCUGACUUUAUUACAUUUGUUGAUGCUGAAUGUGCGGUCAUUAUAAGGUUUUUGUAUUUAGGUUUUAUCAUUGGAUAGCUGCCUUGUUUUCUGCUUUAUUCAGUUACAGCUUUAAGAAAUGUUGAGUGGGGACAUCGCUGUUUAAAGGUGAUGAUGCACAAAAAGAUUAGCCAUAAAAACAUGUCUCAUCUUUGAUUUGUUCAGAUUAGCAUGUGUGUGUGUGUCCACUGACAACUGCAUGUGUUAAAAAUGUUUUCAAGGUUUAAUCUUAGUUGUGACCUUCAAUAAAAAGACAAAAUCAGA